GCUUUCCGAGCCUCCGUGCCCGCGUGGAGGAUAGCGAUGAGGAGGUUCCUAGGACCAGACGGAGAGAUCCACCGUGGAUGCCGCCCAAGCAGAGACCUAUGCCAGAGCAGAGUGAGGAUGACGGAAGUCCCAGCUUAAGCCCCCCCGGCGCUCGGGGGAUCCCUCCUUUGCCCUAUUUGGCCUUUCCGGCCCAAUGUGGACCGCAAGCGACUGCCAUCAUCCGAUCCAUCGACCAAGACUUGGCGGCCAACAUCGAUGCGCCGGAAGAGGACAGGAAGCGGAUGAUGAGGAAGUACCUGAUGCGCUGGCAUCCGGAUAAGAACCAGGACGAGUCCAAGGAUACCACCACGGCUGUGAUCCAACACCUCUACGCAAGGAAGGCCUGGUUCGUGCAAGAGGCUUCGCCGGCAGAGACCGCGCCUUUGCUGGCGUGA